AUGGGUAUAAUGCUGCGGAAAGGACGGGAAGAGUUAUUACCGCGCUGGCGUUAUCGAAUAGCCCUCAACCAAGAUCCAGGCUCGGAGGAAGAGAAAACGGAGAUCCUAAAAGCCUGUCAUAAACGAUGUGCGGAGCGAACAUUACGCGUUUUAGAAAAAAACGGUUCCAUUUUUAUAAAGCUUGGACAACAUUUGAGUAGCAUGGGCUAUUUAUUGCCGCUGGAGUGGACAACGACAUUCAUCCCUUUGCAAGAUAAAUGUCCCGUUUCGUCGUUCGAAUCCGUCGAGGAGAUGUUUGUCAAAGAUACUGGGCAUAGGAUAGACGAGCUCUUUUCCAGUUUUGAAAGGGAUCCAAUUGGUGCCGCGUCGUUGGCGCAAGUGCAUGUUGCGGUGCUCAAAGACUCUGGACAAAAGGUCGCUGUCAAGGUUCAACAUCCUGCGUUGGCGGAAUGGGUGCCGCUGGACCUGGCACUGACAAGGUUCACAUUCUCAAUGUUGAAGAGGUUCUUCCCGGAAUAUGACCUUGAGUGGUUGUCGAGUGAAAUGGAUAUGUCGUUGCCGCAAGAGGAGUAUUUUCGGACGAGAACAAAGGCACCCUUGGUCAUCCCAGAAGUUAUGUGGGCAAAGCAGCGAAUUCUUGUCAUGGACUUCAUCUCCGGCCAUCGACCCGAUGAUCUCGAAUAUCUAGACUCCAAUAAAAUCGAUAGAGAUGAAGUUUCGGCCGCUUUGGCUCACAUAUUCAACGAAAUGAUCUUUGGUGACGGUGCCCCGUUGCACUGCGAUCCGCAUGGGGGAAACAUUGCCAUCCGCAAAAAUAACUCGCGGCGUAAGCCCAACUUCGAUAUCAUUCUCUACGACCACGGUCUCUACCGCGACAUAUCUCGGGAAGUUCGAAGAUCCUACGCCAAACUGUGGCUUUCGAUCGUAGACGCAGACGAGGAGGGAAUGCGAAAAUACGCACAUGAAGUGGCGGGAAUAACGGACGAGCAGUUCCCGCUUUUCGCCAGCGCUAUUACGGGCAGAGACUACACCGUCGUGGCAAAUAAUGCAAUCGCCUCUUCAAGGUCCUCCGAAGAAAAGGAGGUUAUUUCUGACGCGAUGGGUGACGGAAUGCUUCAAGAGCUGGUCAGCUUGCUGGGUCAAGUACCCCGAAUUAUUCUCUUGAUUCUCAAGACAAACGAUCUCACUCGCUCCCUCGAUGAAAAUUUGCACACGCGUCACGGUCCACUGCGCGCUUUCCUUAUCCUCGCUCGAUAUGCUACAUGCAGCGUUUUCGAAGAGCAAAUGGAAUCCAUUCGCCAACAUGGCAGCAUCUUUUGGCCACCGAACUUUUGGCAGUUUAUGCGCGCGUGGGUGAGGUACCUCCGCGUUGAGUUGAAAUUAGGGAUAUAUGAGCGGUGGCUGUCCGUAAGGGGUAGACUUGGUUUGGCGAAUUAA